AUGAUCAGUCAGUCAGUCAGUCUUCUUCAUCCCUUCCAGUGCCAUAUUCUUUCUCACCGUCUUGGAUCUUCGAUGGCCUCUCACACCAUUAGCAUCUCUUCUCCUCUGCCAACUUCCUCUUCCCUUCGCUCAAUCGCCUCUGGCUCCUACCGGACCAACCGUAACCUCUCUUUCUGCAACCAUCUCAGGCCUUCCUUCCACUUCCACAUUUCCCUCGAUCCCCACCGCACCGCCCGACUUCGGCCCCCGACCGUCUCCGCUGCUCUGAAGAACUUAUCCGAGUCGGAGCCGGUCGCCGUUCCGACCGAUCCCCAGGAGGUUCCGGCCAAGUUCCCGCCCGAUUCCGGCGUCUAUGCGGUUUACGACAGUAAUAAUGACCUUCAGUUCAUUGGCAUGUCCCGGAACAUUGCCGCAAGCGUAGCUGGUCACCGUAACUCUCUUCCGGACCUCUGCUGCUCCGUCAAGGUCGGGGUGGUAGACGAAGCCGAUCGAGCCGUUUUGACCGAGGCAUGGAAGUCGUGGAUGGAGGAACACAUCAGAACGACCGGGAACGUCCCACCAGGCAACCAAUCGGGAAACUCCACGUGGGUGCCUGCCCGUCAACAGGCUCCUCGGAAGAAGCCCGACCUCCGCCUCACCCCGGGCCGCCACGUCCAGCUGACUGUGCCACUAGAGGAUCUCAUCGACAGGCUAGUAAAGGAGAACAAGGUGGUGGCCUUCAUAAAGGGAUCGAGGAGCGCCCCACUGUGCGGGUUCUCCCAGCGAGUGGUCGGGAUCCUCGAGAGCGAAGGGAUCGACUACGAGAGCAUCGACGUGCUCGAUGAGGAGUACAACUACGGGCUGAGGGAGACUCUGAAAAGGUACAGCAACUGGCCCACGUUCCCGCAAAUUUUCGUGAACGGGGAGCUCGUCGGCGGGUGUGAUAUAUUGACUUCCAUGUAUGAGAAGGGCGAGCUUGCUGGUAUGUUAAAGAAAUGACUGUAAAAUACCAUCUUUUGUAAUUUUAGAAAUGAAGGUUUUAGAGUUGGAUCGUUAACAUGUGCCGUCUUUGGUCGUUAUUCAAUUGCCUAUUAAGAUUA